AUGGAAAAGUCGACUUGCACAACUACAUCCCAACAUACUGAUCUCUACAUCUACAUAGGUCUGGGAGUCCUUUCGGGCAACCUCGGGUUUAGAGCCUCGCUGCAGGUAACUGCUGCCAAACCUGGUGUUGUCAACUUUGAAUUGGAUGUCCAGAAGGAGCACACGAACCGCUUGAACAUCCUCCAUGGAGGCACAAUUGCUAGCAUGGUCGACCUUGGUGGAUCCUUGGCCGUGGCCUCUCGAGGUCUCUUCGCUACAGGUGUCUCGACGGAUCUCAGCGUGACGUACCUGAGCUCCGGAGGGAAGAUUGGCGACAAGGUCUUGGCUGAGGUCACCUGUGAUAAAUUCGGCAAAACCCUCGCGUACACCAACAUCAAGUUCACCAACCCUGCAGGCGACAUCGUCGCAAGAGGAAGCCACACAAAAUUCGUCGCACUCGCCUGGAAGGAUCCGCAGAAUAUCGUUGAGCAACUCAAGGAGCAAAACGAACAGAAUCCCUAA